AUGUCUGCUGAUACCGAGAAUAAUACCAAGAAAUAUGAGGAAAAGAUACAACACAUCCCUGGAGAUGAUGUUGAAAGCAUAGCCUCCACUCAAAAAAGUAUGAUCGAGCCUCCAGAUGGUGGUCGAUCUUGGCUCGUGCUCGCUGGCUGCUGGUGUGGCCUUUUUUCAACCCAAGGUUAUUGGUAUACAUGGGGUACUUUUCUCAGAUACUACAAUGAAGAUGUCUUCCCCAACCAAAUGACGGCAUUGUCCUGGAUCGGUUCGCUGUGGCUGGCCAUGAGCGUGAUUCUCGGUCCAUUUUUCAACUACCUCGUUGCUCGUGUUGGAUACAGAUGGCUUUUGGGCACUGCUACUAUUUUAUGCUGUUUGGCCACCAUGAUGGCUAGUUUGGCUACUGAGAUUUGGCACUUGUAUAUCACCCAAGGUGCCAUGGCAGGUUUGGGUGCCUCUCUUGUAUGGUUUCCUUGUGUCAGUGCUGCUCAACAAUGGUUCUCAAAGCGACGUGGUUUGAGUGUGGGCAUUGCCCUCUCUGGUUCAGGUUGCGGUGGUCUUGUUUUCAGCAACCUUGCUCAAGCUGUGAUUGAUGCAUUGGAUUAUCGUUGGGCAUUACGUAUCAUGGGUUUCAUUAUUCUGGCCUUGCUCACUUUCAGUACUUGUGUCGUGCGUCCUCUUAACCUUCCUGACAAGCAUGUUCCCAUUAUCAACCUCAAGCCAUUCAAAAACUUUCAAUUUUGCUUGUUGUUCGUCGUCCAAUUCAUCACUAACUUUGCCUUUAACAUUCCUUCAAGCUUUUUGCCAUCGUAUGCCUCCGAAAUCGGUGCAAAGCCAAUGGUAUCAGCAAACAUGGGUGCUAUCAUGUCGGGUGUGAUGGUGAUUGGCAAGAUUGGCAGCGGUCUCAGCAGUGAUUACAUUGGCAGAGCCAACGUGACAGCCCUUGUCAUUCUCAUUUCAGGUAUUUUAUGCCUUGCACUCUGGCUAAACGCAUACACAGAGCCUGCCGUGUGGGCCUUUGGUAUUCUCUUUGGUAUCUUUGGUGGCGGUUACAUGGCUAUGGUGCCAGCCUUAUUGGCUCAAGUGGUGGGUCUUGAAGAAAUUGAAGCAGCCAACGGCCUCUUAUUCUUUGCUUGGCUUGUUGGUGGUAUCUUUGGUUCACCUAUUGCUUCUGAUCUCAUUGAUGAAAACUCACCCGACGGCCCUCACUAUGAUCGUGCCAUCAUUUUUGGUGGCGUUAUGAUGAUUGGCUCAGGCCUUAUAGCCUUGACGGUCCGUAUCUUACGCGGUGGCUUCAAUCCAUUCAAGAAAGUAUAA